AUGGCCAAGGAAGCUGAUUUUGGUCUUGCUGAUUCACUUUCUCCUCCCCAAUAUAAAAUCCCCUCUGUGGUUUACCAACAUCCGACCACCAAAGCGUAUAAGUCAAGCCCAGAAGAUCAAUAUGUGGCUGUGUCGCCCAUAGUUAAGGGCAGGAUUGUUGAUGUGGAUGCAUAUUGUUUCCUUUUGAAGGUUGUUUUACAGUCGAUUCUCAAAACCAAUCCAGUGGUGACUAUUAAUCUGAUUCCUUUAUUAAUUAUUGGUCCAUUAACUGCUUGGUCUCGUAAUUCUGUUGAAUGUGUCACCAAAUACGUUCUUGAACAGCUUGAGUUCACAGCAUUGAACUUUCUUGAUAUGUCAAUUGCCUCAAACUUUGGUAUUGGGGCUUCAGUUAACCUGUUGGUAGUUAAUGUGGGAUAUGAGAGCACUCAGAUUGUUCCUGUUAUUGGACAUCAGGUAGUCAAAUUUGCUAGCAAAUCGUUAGAUAUUGGUAGUAGUUCCAUCAACCGUAAUCUUGCUCGAUUGUUACCUCAAUUGACUGAAUCACAAGUGGAGGACUUGAAGACUCUGGGGAUCUAUGAAGUUAUUGCUGAUCAUGAAAACUCCUUCUACAGUUUAACAGAUUUAGAUGCAAUUGACAAUGGAGAUGAUAUCAAAGCUGACGGAGAUGAAGAAUUCGAUGUAGCCAAAUUGGUUAUUGAAGGAGAUGUGACAAAGAAUAUUGAAAUGGCUAAGAAUUCUGCUGGUGAAGCCGAUGGUGAAGAAUCAAAUAAACCUAACCAUGAACUAGAAGUCAAUAGGUUCAUUGACUCUACUACAGGCCAACAAGUGACUGUUGGUAAAGAGCGGUUCCAAGGUACCAAUGAAUUGGUAGAAGCGAUUGUUGAAGCCAUAUACAACAGAUUACUUUUAAUUCCCGAAGUUCAUAAGCGACAAGAAUGUUAUAACAAUUUGAUAUUUGUUGGAUCAACUUUUAAAAUCCCUGGUCUUAAGAAGAUGAUUCUAAUUAGAUUGCACGAUUUCUUGGUUCGAUCACCUCAAGAACUUUCCAAGUUCAAAGAGCAAAGUUCAGGUGGGGUAUCAUCAGCUAUUCUUGCGUAUCAACAAGCAGAGGAGACAAUUGACCCCACUGAAAUGAAUGGAGCUUUACAUCAAGUACCUAUUUCCUUUAAGGCUUCCAAGUACCCUGACUAUUUCCCUGAAUGGAAGAAUCCCAAGGCUGAAGGUGGUUCAUGGGAAGACGUAUAUUUCCUUGGAGCCCAAAUAUAUUCUAAGCAAGUAUUUGGUUCUAAUUCUAACCAUUCCAAAGAGAUGUUUAUGGAUAGUGAUGUCUAUGAAGAGCAUGGGCCUCAAGGGAUUUGGAACGUUAUUAUUUGA